CCACUCCUCCGGCCCACCGCCGCGCCAGCCCUCCGCUCACCCCCUCCCGCCGCCGCCGACUCUCUCCGCGUGUGCAACGGCGGACAGUGCGGCCAGUUUGGCGGGAGCCUCCUUCUCGACGCCGCGUCGGCGCUGGCGGGAGCGUCUCCGAUCGCCGUGACCACCCAGAACUGCUGCGGCGAGUGCCCCGACGGUGUGAUCGUGCGGCCGUGCAGCGCGUCGAGCUACCUGACGGUCGACGCAUCCAGCCUUCAACUUGCGCUCGACGCGGCCGCAGGCGCUCUCGACGCGGCGGGCGUGAGCGUGGAGCCGGGGCUGCGCGAGGCGUUUGGUCACCACCACGCUGCGAAGGUAGAAGAGGAGCGCGCCGACGUGGCGGCCGCGCUGUCGGAGUACUCGGCGGCCAUCGGCGCGAUGCCGGCGUCGGUGCUCCAGCCUUGGCAGCCGCCCCUCGAGCCAGAGCCACUGCUCUGGCCAGGGACGGCUUGGCUAUGCGAUCAGCCGGGAGGCGCGCUGCGAGGGCUGGUGCUCCGCGAGGACAAGGAGGGCGCCGACUGGACGCUGACGCGGCCUCCGCCCAACAAGCCCGGCCCCGCGGUGCUGCGUCUGCACAGCGCCUCGGCCGGUGAAGAGGGAGGCCGGCCGACGCUUCGCGCGGAGUACGUGCUGCCGGCGGAGGGGGCGGCGGAGGGGGCGGCGGCAGAGAGCGGCAUAGCGGAGCUUGUGAUGGCGGACGACGGGCGGAGCUUUGAGGGCACGCUCUGUGGACCGGGAGGCGAGGCGCGCCUCUGGCGCGGCGCCAGGCUGGGCGUCGGGACCGGCAUGAGGCGGAAGAGGCGGGGCGCGAAGCCGCCUCAAAAGGCCGCUUGGGUGCACGACAGCUACACGCGGCGCGGUCGGCUCCUCCUCGCUGCCGGCGACGCGGCCGCCGCGCGUGCGGACGCUCUGGCCGCGAUCCGGCUCUGCCCCCGCGCGGCAGACGGAUGGAGUUUGCUCGCCGACGCGGCGGAGAGCGAGGGCGAGGCGGCGGCGGCGGCGGCGGAGGUGGAGUGGCUGCAGGGAUGGGCGUGACGCGUCCUUUCGGGAGAGCGCGCUGGGCGGCGCGAUAAAGCCGCCGCCUCCCGCACUCUGUGCUCUCCCGCUUCUUUUUUAUGUGUAAGGGGUGGUAUUCGGUCUUCACUUGACCUCUGGUGGCUUG